AUGAAUUGUCUCAAAGUUUUUUUCAUCUUUUCUCUCUUCUUUUGUGGUUCGGUAGUAGGUUUUCAGUACUGGAAAAUGGCACAAAAUUGGCCAAAAGGCUUUUGUAAGCAUAACAAGUGCGUUUACCCAGAAGAACAAUUACCAUUGAAAUUUACUAUUCAUGGACUGUGGCCCUCGGAUUAUGGGAAGCAACAACCAGAGUUUUGCCUAAAGAAUUCUGGACCUGGUAACAAAAGGGCACCUUUGUACUUGACUAAGGAAUUACUUGCUAAACUUAAUCAAGAUUGGCGAAGUUAUACUGCUUGGACAAACAACCAAUUCUGGACUUUUGAAUGGAGCAAACAUGGAUCGUGUUCAUACAUGUCAAAAAUUGAUUAUUUCAACCUCGCCGAAGAUAUAUAUGCAAAAAACGAUAUCCAACAAAUACUUGGAGCUUCAAAUAUAUUGCCUAACAACACUUACGGAGCAAACGAAAUUAUGAUAGCCAUAAGGACAUCUCCAAUUGGUGUUGAACCAGAACUGAAAUGCAUAAAUGGGGAUUUAGUUGAAAUACAUCUAUGUUUGAAUACCAACCCCAUUCCUGACUACAUCAACUGUCCUCCACCUCGAAAAACUACUUGUCCUAUCAACAAUGUAAACUUUACUAUCUAAAAUAUAAUAU